AUGAAAGAACCCCGGAUUUUCCCUAGAGAGCGGCCAACGCCUUGGACUCGUGCUUCACUGCCACCUCGAGGACGGCUGGACAGUUCCCUGGGACCACAGGGGGGGCAGGGUCUAAACACUCGCCACCCCCUGGGCAUGGCCUCAGAUUCCUUCCUUAGGGCCACUGGUUCUCUUGGUGGAAAUCUGGGCCCGUUUCCAAGGAACCCUUCUUCUUUUCCAGCUUCAUCAGGCUCGUUGGCUUCAAAUCCAGCACCUUUCCAUGGCGGUGCUCGUGACUCAAGCAUGGCUGCUUUUCCCAGGGGGAUGAAUCCCUCUGCCGCAGGCUCAGUUCCUUUCUCGAGGCCAGGCGGCCUCUUGGGCCCAGGGCCAGGGCCAGCUCUAAACGCUAGAGGAGGGGCUCUUCCGGGCCCGGGGCCUAUGUCUAACCCGAGGUUAGGGGGUCUCCCAGGGCCAGGUCCUAUGUCCAACUCAAGGGCAGGUGGUCUCCUGGGAACAGGACCUGACUCCAGAAGUGGGGGCCCAAUGGGCCCUGGAUCUGGGCCCAAUCUGAGAACGGGUGGCCUCUUGACUCCUGGGAAUGGCCCUUCCAAUAGUAGGCCCAUUGGCCUGGGCCCUGGACCAAGUCCCAAUCUGAGAUCGGGCUUCAUGAGUACAAACCCUGCCCCAAGGUCGGGUAUGUUUCCAGGCUCUGGCCUUGGGCCCAACCCAAGCCCUAACAUGGACACCAGAGCAGGUGGCCUCUUGGGCACAGGAUCUGGUCUAAACUUAAGAAUGGCUGGACCUCAAAACCUAGAUCUUGCCCCCAUUCUAAGAGCAGCAGGUCUUUUAGGAGCAAAUUCAUCCUCUUUCUCACAGGCUUCUGGAAACAUGGGCACAAACCCAUCUUCCAUGGCAAGAGUACCUGGCUCCAUAGGCCCAAACUUGGGUCCUGGCUCUCGGGGAAUUGGCCUUUCAGGGCCAAAUGCAUCUCCCAUGUCGAGGGCUCCUGGCCCCAUGGGCCCUAAUUCAGCUAAUUUUUCAAGGCCGGCUGGCCCCAUGGGGGUAAAUGCUAAUCCCUUUCCAAGGGGGACAGGUUCGGGGGCACUCAACUCCGCUGCCUUCUCUCAGUCUUCUGGAACAUUGGCUUCAAACCCAUCUAACUUUCAGAGGUCUGCUGGCUUCCAGGGUUCAAACCCAGCAAUUUUCCCAAGAGCCUCUGGGCCACUAGGACCCAACCCAGCUAAUUUCCCAAGAGCCCCUGGCUUGGGUCCAAAUCCAGCUACCUUCCCAAGGUCUACUGGCCCACUAGGCCCUGGUCAAGUUCCUUUCCCCAGGUCAGCUUCUGGGCCUCUGGGCUCUUCUGCAGCAGGCUCUGGGGGUGUCAACCCAGCUCCUUUUGCAAGGCCAACUGGGAAUCUGGGUCUGAACCCAGCUUCCUUUCCAAGGAUGAAUGGUCCUAUAAUGAAGACUGUGGUCCCAUUUCCUAGAGUGGGUAGUCUCCCUGGCACAAACGCAGCUGCUUUCCCCAGACCAGGGGGUCCAAUGGCUGCAAUGUACCCAAAUGGAAUGUUACCCCCUUAAACCGUUUUCUCUCUAGGACCACCUGGGUCUCCAGGCAUCGUGGUUCUGGGCAGAUGCCGUUUUAGGUAAAAGGGUAGUCAUGGAGCUACAGUCGGAAGUAUAUAGCUGGGCUCAAGUUCAAAUGAGUCAUCUUUUUUCAAACUCUGCUUCUUUCUUGAUUAAAGGUGAAAUGUUAUUUGUGGGACAUGGACUAUGGCAGGUGGGAAUGAUCCCAGCCUUGAGAGAAAGGAUCUCUAGCCUUCCAGAAUCCUGCUGUGCUUUUGUCCCACAGCUUUCCGCCCCUUGUUUCUUGCUAGUUUCUUGAAUUGUUCUUGUGGACUUUUCCUCAGGGAUACAUUGACCUGCAGGUCCCAAUUCAUAUGUAGUUCCCUGCUCACCACUGGAGACUCAGCUCACUGCUCUAGCAAUGUUGCAUUGGUGAACGGACCAUGCUUCAGCAGCUCUGACCCGGGCAGCUUGGACCUGUCCUCCACUGCCAUACCUUUCCCUGGGGGCCUGACACAGAACGGGGAGGUAGGUGGGCAGCCGCGUUCAAGACCCACCAAGUACAAUUUCCACUUGACUGGCAGGUCUUGGAGUUUCCUUCUCUGGGACCUAGAGAAGGCCAGAAUCAAGGCUCCACAGUUCAUCCAACUCCCUCUCCACUGGUACUCCCAAUCAAAGAACCUCAAAAUUUAAGCUGAUGUGGAUGGGAUAGGGGGAGGAGGGUGGGAGGGGGGGGGGGGUCGAAGGGAAGAAAUCACUGUGCUUUGUUCAACCUGAUGUGAAAGGAUGGUUGGUGUUUUUCCGGCGUUGUAUCUUUUCUUACUGUUUAAUAAAUGGGAUGAGAGGG